AUGGGCGAAGAAAUCUGGAAGACGAGAGUCGACAAGGUCAAUGCAGAGCUGGUAACGCUCACCUAUGGGACCAUUGUCGCCCAGCUCUGUACCGACUAUGAUUAUGACUACGCCCAAGUCAACCUGCAGCUCGACAAGAUGGGAUACAACAUUGGAAUGCGACUCAUUGAAGACUUCUUAGCAAGGUCAAACACCGGUCGUUGUGGCAAUUUCAGGGAUACAGCCGAAAUCAUUUCGAAGGUCGGCUUUAAAAUGUUCCUGAACAUCACACCCACAGUCACGAAUUGGACGGCAGACAACAAGCAAUUUUCAUUACUGUUUGAUGAGAACCCCCUGGCGGAUUUCGUGGAACUCCCCGACGAUGGAAGAGCUCAAGAUGAGUUGUGGUUCUCCAAUAUCCUCUGCGGUGUGCUGCGCGGCGCGUUGGAAAUGGUGCAAAUGUCAAUCGAGGCACAUUUUGUGAGCGAUGUACUUCGCGGCAACGACGUUACGGAGAUGCGAGUCACGCUGAAUCGAUACAUUGAGGAUGAGAUGCCCCCAGACGACGAAUAA